GGUGGGGGGGACGUCCAAAAAGCAGCACCGGCGUGCCCGUGACGUCACUUUCGGGCGACCCCGGCGGGCCCGUCUGCGCCGCCAUGAGCGGGGACGACGAGGUGAAUCUCCUAGUCAUUAUCGUUGACGCAAACCCUAUCUGGUGGGGCAAACAGGCCUUGUUGGGCUCAGAGCUUACGUUAUCAAAAUGCCUGGAUGCGGCCAUGGUGUUGGGAAACUCGCAUUUAUUUAUGAACCGUAACAACAAACUUGCUGUGAUAGCCAGUCAUAUACACGAAAGCCGUUUCCUGUUUCCUGGAAAAAACUGGGCAGCCCUCGAUCUCUUCGGAGAAUCCGGGGAGUCAAAUAUUUCUGGUAGCAAAGAUGGAAAAUACGAAGUAUUAGCCACCAUAAAUGAAACCAUCGCAGAGGAGAUAAAGGAACUGAUGUCCAAUACUGAAGUGAAGGGGCAGCAGACAGAAACUUUGCUGGCUGGAUCGCUUGCAAAAGCACUGUGCUAUAUUCACAGGCUAACCAAAGAAAGUAAAACCAACCAGGAAAUAAAAUCCAGGAUUUUGGUCAUAAAAGCAGCUGAGGAUAGUGCAUUACAAUAUAUGAAUUUCAUGAAUGUGAUCUUCGCAGCCCAGAAACGGAAUAUUUUAAUAGAUGCCUGUGUAUUGGACUCCGAUUCUGGCCUUUUGCAGCAGGCCUGUGAUAUAACGGGAGGAAUCUACUUGAAAAUUCCAUACAAACCCUCGCUUCUUCAGUAUUUGCUGUGGGUUUAUCUGCCGGAUCAGGAUCAGAGAUCCCAGCUGAUCCUCCCUCCGCCCGUUCACGUGGAUUACCGUGCUGCCUGCUUCUGCCACAGGAAUCUGAUUGAAAUUGGCUACGUCUGCUCUGUGUGUUUGUCAAUAUUUUGCAGCUUCAGUCCAAUUUGCACCACUUGCGAAACCGCUUUCAAGAUUUCGCUGCCGGCUGUCAUGAAGUCUAAGAAAAAGAAAUUAAAGGUCAUGAUGUAGCUGCAUUAUCGCUUUCUCUCGCUCCUCUGCAUGGAAUCCUCUCUCCCAGAUUGCAACUGGAAAGCUACAAAAGUGGAGUGCCGGGAAAACCAAAACGUAUUUUCGAAACGAUCAACAAAGGGCUAAACAUUUCCAGCCAGUGCAUACAUUGUCCAGAACACUGUACUAAACGCGUUUACAAAACCAGGUUUCUGCCACUGGUUUAAACCAACACCUGAAAUCAGAGCAAGGAAAUAAACAAAGUUGGUAUGUAAAACCCAUUUCAUGUAUUUGUAGGUAGAGAAAUCGAACUGGUUUAAGUCUUGACACCUUAGUUCCAAACAAAUCUUUUAUUUAAAUUAAAAUUGUGGUGGAUUGACAUUUCAGGGCUCCUGGGCUGGUCCCUGCAGAAGCUGCCUUGGGGGAGGGAAAGUUUUUGAUUUAAAAAAAAAAAUUCAGAUCACAACUAUUGUAAGCUACAUUUUUCACUAGGGUUAAUAGCAGAUUCCUAAAAGAUUUCCGAUUCUCAUUUUUGAGAGCCGCAUCUGAGUGUGUAUCAGAUUUUUUUUAUGUUUUGGCUGGAAUUUAUGUUAACCCAAACCCACAAAGCUCAUUCCAAUGGAAUUCUCCAUAUUUCUUCUUCAUUUUUUGGUGUAAAAAUUGCCUGCAGGUUUCUCUUUUAUGGACAGUGAAGGUCUCACACCUUCUGUCUAGACAACUUUUGCUCAAGGCAGUUCGGUUGAUUUAAAGAGGCAAAAAAUUAAUAUUUCACCUUGGUUUAUACACAAGUAAUUUAGCAUCAUUCGUUCCAUCCUUUAAAUAUUGUGACUACUUUUCUAAUGAACGAAAAUGAAAGAUUUGGUCUCUUAUUUGGAAGGGGUUGCUUACUUUCUAGAAUUAAUUACGUUUGUUUAAUUAAUUGAACUGCCUCUUCAUUCUUAACUGUUGACACAUUGGAUGCUAUUUUUGUUUUAAUGAUCUUUUUUUCACUGCCCCUCAAUAAAAUUACCUAAGAAGAAA